AAACGGCGUGUGUAUCGGUCGUGUCGGCUAUCUGGUGCACUUCGGUGGACCCCCGCUGCAGAGUUCCCCCUUUUUUUAAAAAACGCUCCCUCCCUCGCUCUUCUCGUAGCAAUCAGUGUUCGAGAAGCACGGGGUGGGCAUCUCUGUACGCACUGUGUGUUUGGUCCAGUGGAUGGAUCCUAGUAUUGGCUGGUAUCAGCCUGAACAUCACGGGCCGGCUCUGCGACUGUGGAACUCCAUCUGGGAAACGCAGCAAGGCUUAGAAACGAUGGAUCUCAACAACUCGAAUCUCCGUGCUCCUGACUAUAUUCCCAUUAACAGUGCUGCAGGAAGCGUUACAGAGGUGAAGAAAAGCGUCAACGGACAGAACGAACUGACAGGUGGUGCAGACAAGUUCUACAAUCCCACGAAGCGGAAAAGGGAGAAUCGUGCAAGCACUUACGCUCUCAAUAGGAACCAACACUUGAUAAGUCAAUAUGGCGGCACGCCGUGGAGAACUGAGGUGAAGCACUUUCGUCCAGGAAUCCUCGGGCUUCAUGACGAGAUUGAAGAGUUCUACAGAUACAUGCAGCCAACUCCAGCGGAGCAUCAGAUGCGGUUGGGAGUCAUCCAAAGGAUAAAAGAUGUCAUCCUUGGCCUUUGGCCACAAGCAGAGGUGGAGAUUUUUGGGAGCUUUCGGACAGGCCUGUACCUUCCAACCAGUGACAUCGAUGUGGUUGUCCUUGGCAAGUGGGAAACAUUACCUAUGUGGACACUAGAGAAGGCCUUGCUAAGUCAUGGGAUAGCUGAACCACAGUCUAUUAAGGUCCUUGACAAGGCCUCUGUUCCCAUUGUGAAGCUGACUGACGCAAGAACAACAGUCAAGGUUGACAUCAGCUUCAACAUGAACAAUGGAGUAAAAAGUGCCUGCCUCAUUCAGUCAUUCAAGGAGAAGUUUCCUGCACUUCCGAAGUUGGUGCUGGUGCUGAAGCAGUUUCUGCUGCAACGGGACUUGAAUGAAGUGUUCACUGGUGGUAUCAGCUCCUACUCUCUUAUCCUUAUGACUGUGAGCUUUCUACAGUUGCACCCACGAGGUGGGGAUGCGCCAUCUCCAAAUCUUGGCACAUUGCUGCUGGAGUUUUUUGACUUGUAUGGAAAACACUUCAACUAUUUUGUGACUGGAAUUCGCAUCAAAGAUGGUGGUGCAUAUAUACGGAAAGAAGAAAUGCAGCGUGAUGCAGGGGACUCUUACCGUCCAUCGAUUCUUUGCAUAGAGGACCCUCUCACUCCAGGUAAUGACAUUGGUCGUAGCUCAUAUGGAGCUUUGACAGUGAAGAAAGCAUUUGAGUAUGCUUACAUGGUCCUCAACCAGGCCGUGCACUCUUUCCAUCCUGCUACAAGUGACCCAAAACAAAGUUUCUAUUGCUGCAGCAUACUGGGUAGGAUCAUUCGAGUGACUGACGAGGUCAUCCAGUACCGUCAGUGGAUUCAAGAGAAGUUUCCUGUGGACAGCAAUGAAGAGCUUUCUGCACUUCAGCCUCCCGAUUCCGAGUGCACAAGGCAGGAAGCCAAUAAUAGGUCCCAUGGAAAGAGGACGGUUGGCACCAAUGAGGCCGACAGCAGCUCAACAUCUUCCAGUGGACCAUUUGGUGGUAGUCCUCAGCACAGCUCGGGGUCAAGCGUAGGCAGUGACAGCGUGAGUGGUGGGGCUCAUGCCAGGAGUCAAGGGACGUGCACCAACGGUGUGGCUGCUGUGUGGGCCCAGGACUCCGAGACACCCUGCGAAGCUGGCGAGCAGCUGGUUGAUGGUUGCCAGCUGACCACCAGUCGUACCUUCUUCCCUAAGCAGCGCAAGUUCUCGACUGGCACUCCUGAAGCAGCCGAGCAGCACAGCAGCUGUCGGGGCUUUUCAAACAGCAGCGCCCGGCGACGGCAGCGCAACUUGAGCCGGCCUGCCCGUGAGACGGUGCUGGUGGCACAGGGCCUUGUGCACCGGGACGUGUACACAGUGGCCUCCUUCAGGUAGUGCCAUGUACUACCUAGACUGCUGUGGCUGGUGGCAGUCAGCCACUGACUCUGGGACCUUGCUCGGUUGUGCCAUCUGUGCACCAUUGGUUUCACCUGUCUGUGGGCUUUUUCUUUCUCUUUGCUACAGACUUGUUUUUAUGUUGAAUGAAGUUAUUUAUUAACUUUUUUUUUUCUUGAGGAAUGAAUGAGUUUGUCUUGUAUGUAUGCUAAAAGAAAGAAAAAAAAAACGAAAAAAAAAAGUAAAAAUUCGAUAAAGUUCAAAUGUAAAAUUGCACAAAAAAAAAAUUGCAUUUAUGCAAGUGCAGCCUAAUGCUGGGCUGCUACUCUUAGUUUGGCUAAGUAAGCAUCUGUGCUGGAUUAGUUCCCCCUUUCGUCCUUUAUCCCCCCCCCCCCCCCCUGUGCAUGUGUGAUUAUGAAUGAGUGGUCAAGUUAUACAGAGAUUUUUCAAUGAAUUGUAUUUAUUCUUAUUUGUGGAUGUCAUUAUUGUGGUUUUGUCUGUAUAUAGCGAUGACAGUAUACACAUCUACAAAUAUAUUGCCACGUAUAUUUUUUAGUUUCAUGAAAACAGUGCUCGUGACUCUGUACAUAAUCAUGUUAAUGUUCUGCUGAUGUAGAUGGUCUAUGUACAUGUUUUUAACCAAUCCUCUACCGUUUCUUUACUAAUAAUGUACAAUGUUCAAAACGAAAGCAGGUCACUCAAUGGUUUGAGGGAUUGUUUGGAUUUUUCUUGUUCUCCCCUCCCUUUUUUUUUUUUUUUUUUCUUGCACUAGAACUGCAGCUUUUUGUUUAAGUGUGCUGGAGCACUUGCCUGCAGUUAAAAUGUUCAGUGCUGACAAGAACUUCUCGUUCCUGAUCUACUGCUAUAUAUUAUCUAGGAUUUUUUAAAUUCAAUCCACAAAGUGCUGUGACAUUGAGGAGUGCUAUGUCCUUGAAAGCUAUGAAUGAAGUAUGAAGCUUUGAUUUCUUUUUUUUUUUUUUAAUUUCAGUAGUUGUGCUUACUGGCUGUGUAUACAAGUUUGUUGUGAAGUGCUCAAAACUUGGUGCUUCAUGAAGGCCUUGCACAAUGUUUCUCAAGGAAUGGACACUGUCCUGCCUUUUCCUUUUAAGUCUCCAUGUUUCAUUUCAAGUUCUUGAGUGGACUCUCAUUGGAUGUCAUAUGUUUUGUGAAAAGUGUGCCAUCUCUUGGCAGUGUCACGUUGUGCUCUCUCAGCUGUGGAGAUGGCUCUCCAAUGCAAGUGGAUGGUGGCAGUUGUUAAAAGGAGCUAGUCCAUGUUUUGUGGUGUGCCAAUAGGAUACUGCCUACCAAGCUGCUCACAUGCAGUGUGUUUGCCUCACAAUUGUUUGUGGUGGCAUGUUUCCUUUUACCAGGCAAUUUAAUUCACUUUGCACUGUGGCUUUGGUGUCCAGAAGGGCAUUCACUGCUGACGGUUACGACGUGAAAAUAGUGACGCCUGUUUAUGGGCACCUACCUGGACAUGUUGUUUAUAUACAAGGUGAACGCGAAAUGGCAUAGCAGCCAGAUUUAGGCUGCUUUGCAAGAACUUCUGAUGUGUAUAUUAAGUACAUCUUGUGGUUUCCAUUUAUGUCAAGUCAUCCUAGUCACACGAAUGUGAGUUUACAGUACAUGUUGCCACUGUGUGUAAAAAUCAGUUGUGUUACUUAAAACUCCCAGCAAAGGCAUUCAUAGCUAUGCACUGUAACUACAUUUUGCUGGGAGCUCUCAUCAAAAAAUGUUUCAAAAGAAUAAACAAGACACAUCAUCAUGA